UUCAAGCAUCAAAAUGACUCUUCUAGUUUUCUUACUACUUAUGGCUGCCGCCACAGCUCAAAAUCAACCCUUAAAAAUAAUAGAAGCCAACAAUCGCUUCACUUCUGACUUAUACAAGCAAAUAAUCAAAACCGAAACCGGCAACCUCAUCCUCAGCCCCCUUUCCGCCGACACAGUCUUAGCUCUUCUCCACUCCGGCUGCGAAGGAUCAACAGCGCAAGAACUCGCCCAAACCUUACACCUUCCAAACGACAAAAAGCAAAUUCAAACCGAAGAAAAAAACCUUCUUGGACAACUCCAAAAGAACGACAAAGUGGCCUGCAACAUAGCCAAUGCACUAUUCGCACAGAAGGACUUCAAAAUCAAAGACACUUUUCUGACAGUAGCAAAAGAUUACUUUGACGCUCUUUCUGAAACCCUGGAUUUCGGUAAACCGCAACAAGCAGCCGACACUAUUAACAAAUGGGUGGAAAACAAAACCCACAACGUCAUCAAGAACCUGGUAACUCCGGACGCUCUAACACCGGAUACAGUUCUCGUUCUGGUCAACGCGUUGCGUUUCAAAGGGAACUGGUCGGUGCAGUUCUCGGUGAGUAACACCCAGAAGGGGGAUUUUUACAGAACGGCAAACGAUGUGGUCAAAGUGGACUUUUUGCACCAUUCGCGCAAACACUUCAAGUACCAUGAAAGCAAGAGCUUGAAAGCUGAGUUUCUGGAAUUGUCUUUUGCAAAUGACGAUUUUUCUAUGGUGUUUGUGCUUCCUCAAGCUAAAGACGGGCUUUCGGAGUUGGAAAAGCACGCUUGUGAGGUUUUUGACGUUUCAAGGCAGCUGGAAUCGACAUACGUUAACGUCGCCAUCCCCAAAUUCAAGUUUGACAAUACCAUGGACCUGAAGGCAACGUUGCAAAGUUUAGGUGCAAGCAAAAUUUUUGACCGUGCGCAAGCUGAUUUGAGCGGGAUUUCUGGAAAGAAGGGUGACUUGGUGGUAAGCAAGGUGGUCCAGAAGGCUUUCAUCGAUUUGAAUGAAGGAGGGGUGGAAGCAGCGGCUGCCACAUAUGUCGGUGUCGUUGCUACUUCUGUCGUUUCACAACCACCGAAAGAGAUCGUCUUUAAUCGUCCAUUUAUUUACUAUAUAUUAUACAAAAAAUGUAUUCUUUUUGCUGGGCGGGUAAAAAACCCUAAAUAUUGAUUGAGUGUGCACAAUAUACAAUCACAAAGUUGGUAGUACGACCCGACCUGCAACAAUAUCACUCCUUUCACCUUGAUGUAGAAGAUGAAGGGGUGGUCUUCUAUGAACAACUUAAGGUCCGCAAGACCCUCUUUCUGGUUCACUUCAACAAACUUCUUCUGAACAACAGCGCUGAUUAUAUCAAAUCCCCUUUGUCGCCAGCAAUCCCGCUCAAGUCUGCUCGCUCCAUAUCAAAAACUUUGACAACCCCCAACUACAAAGAAAUUAAAAUCUGGUCAAAAUUAACUACAGUACUCACAUUUUGGGGGACAACUUUCACGACGCUCACGGUCUCCAAAGUUAGAUUAUGGGGGGUGAAAACCCACUUGAUGUUAGUUUCGAGGUAAUCUAAACCCUCCUUUUCGUGGGGGAGGACGUUGGGUCAUGUAAGUUUUGUGAUUUUGGUUUUGGUAGGGGUUGAAAUUGGUUGUUUAGUGAUCGCAGUUGCUAUGAGUACUCCAUGAGAACCACAAUGAGAACUACUACAGCAAUUAUGCACAAAAUAACUUCGGCGUAACUUGUUUGAACACUCGCUGGACUCGACGUGAUCACUUCAUGAAUAAAUCCUCAUUCCCGAAGGUGGCCUCUAUUUAAAUCUUUAUUUCGGCGAUCGAGCUCUUUCUCGAAUUGGGUAUUCGCGACUUCCGGUUCCAGGCUUUUUGAGCGCCGCUUCGAGACUAUUUCUGGGCCCGUCGCGACAUCCACUUGCAUCAGCGCGGCCCAUGAGUCAUACUACAUACAAGAAGAAACGCGUACAUACUAGAAGACGCAUAGGCGUCGUACUGGGGCGGCGUAUGGGUUUAUUUCGUAACAAUAUCAAAGUCAA